AAUGAGGAUGCUGUUAAUGAACUGAUACUGGAUAUUACCUACAAAAUUAGACAUUUUCAGGAGUGUAUAAGGUCAUGACGGGGGAGCGCAGUCGUCUCCUGCCUCACGGAGCGUACAGCGUGAUGGCCGACAGCGUGGACUCCCGGAAGGGAUCCACGACCGGCGACGACGCUUCCAAAGCCAACCCGCGCAAACUGAACACCUUCUUCGGGGUAAUGGUGCCCACCAUCCUGUCCAUGUUCAGCAUCAUCCUGUUCCUGCGCACAGGUUUUGUGGUCGGUCAUGCUGGUCUUCUCCAGGGUAUGCUCAUGCUGUUUGUGGCUUAUUUCAUCAUCUCCUUGACCAUCCUGUCCAUCUGCGCCAUCUCCACCAACGGGGCAGUGCAGGGCGGCGGGGCGUACUAUAUGAUCAGUCGCUCCCUGGGGCCGGAGUUUGGCGGCAGCAUCGGACUGAUGUUCUUCCUGGCGAAGGUUUGUGCCUGUGGUGUGUACGUGCUUGGAUUGGUGGAGGCCAUACUGAAUGUCUUUGGACAGGAUCCAGCGCUGGGGGUGCCGGAGGGAAUCCGAGUCCUGCCGCAGGGUUACUGGUUCUCGGUCCUCUACUCCUCCCUGCUGCUGCUGCUCUGUUUAGUGGUGUGUCUGGUCGGCGCACACAUCUACGCCAAGGCCUCCUUCAUCACCCUGCUGGUGGUGACGGCGGCCGUGCUGUCCAUCCUCAUCAGCCCGCUGGCCGUCGGACCGCUCCAGUUCAACUUCACUCACUCGCUCGGCCCGAACCGCUCGGUCACCCACAGCGCCGGCUACACGGGCUUCAACGUCAGCACCAUGAGCAGGAACCUGGGACCUGGCUACUCUCUGGACUACAGUACGAACCACAUCAUGUCCUUCUCCACCGUCUUCGCCGUGAUGUUCACCAGCUGCACUGGCAUCAUGGCAGGAGCCAAUAUGUCGGGCGAGCUGAAAAACCCCAGCGUGGCCAUCCCCAAAGGUACCAUCAUGGCCGUGACGUACACCUUCAUCGUCUACGUUCUCUUCUUCCUCCUCGUUAGCUCCACCUGCGACAGGCUGUUGCUGAUCAACGACUACGGAGUGUUCCAGCGCAUAAACAUCUGGCCCCCGUUCGUGAUCGUCGGGGUGUACUGCGCCUCGCUCUCCGCCGCCAUGUGCUCGCUGAUCGGAGCCUCGCGCAUUCUACACGCCCUCGCCAUCGACAAGCUCUUCGGUUUGCCCCUGGCGCCUGCUACCAUCACAUCCAAGUCUGGCAACCCCUGGGUCUCUGUGCUGUACACCUGGGCGCUGGUACAGUGCACUGUAUUUGCAGGACAGCUGAAUGUGAUCGCAAGUUUGGUGACCGUCUUCUACCUGCUGUCCUACGCCGCGGUAGAUUUAGCCUGCCUGGCGCUGGAGUGGGCGUCUGCUCCUAACUUCAGACCAACGUUCCAGCUGUUCUCGUGGCACACGUGCCUGCUGGGCCUGCUGAGCUGUCUGGUGAUGAUGUUUGUGAUAAAUCCGGUGUAUUCGUCGGCCAGCAUCGUGGUUCUGCUGCUGCUGCUGCUCUUCCUGCACUACAGAUCGCCCACCAGCAGCUGGGGCUACAUCAGCCAGGCCCUCAUCUUCCAUCAGGUCCGGAAGUACCUGCUGAUGCUGGACUCGCGGAAGGACCACGUGAAGUUCUGGCGGCCGCAGGUGCUGCUCAUGGUGGCCAACCCUCGCUCGUCCUGCCAGCUCAUCUGCUUCGUCAACCAGCUGAAGAAAGGAGGCCUGUUUGUGCUGGGCCACGUGCAGAUCGGGGACCUGGAUGUCUUACCAUCAGACCCGGUUCAGCAGCAGUACAACUUCUGGUUGAGUUUGGUGGAUAAGUUGGGUGUGAAGGCGUUCGUGGACCUGACCCUUUCACCUUCCGUCAGACAGGGUACCCAGCACCUGCUGCGCAUCACCGGCCUGGGAGGGAUGAAGCCGAACACUCUGGUUUUGGGCUUUUACGACAACAGUUACCCCGAGGACUAUCUGCUCCAGGAUCCCACGUUCUGCAAGGGCACGGUGGACGGCGCUGGCUUUAUCGAAGACGAGGGGGACAACUUCGGGGUGGACCUGCCGUCCCUGCAGGCUCACUUCCCCCCCGUGCGUCACGCCGAGAGCCCUCACUCCCUGCAGCCGGAGGAGUACGUGGGCAUCAUCUCCGACGCCAUCAAGAUGGGCAAGAACGUCUGCCUGGGCCGCUACUUCUUCGAGAUGCCGCCGGAGAUCAAAGGGAAAGGCCUGACGUCGCCGAAAGUCGGAGACGAGCCCGACACCGUCGACGUGUGGCCGUCCAACCUGCUCAGCGUGGGCGGCAGCGAGAGCUACGCCGACGUCUGCAGCCUGUUCCUCCUGCAGAUGGCCUGCGUGUUGAACAUGGCCGCCGGGUGGCGCCGCUCCCGCCUGCGCAUCUUCCUGUGCGUGGAGUCCGAGUCCGGAGACCAGGGCUGGCUGGCCAAAGAGGAGCGCUUCAGGGAGCUGCUGGGGAAGCUGAGGAUCCGCGCCGCCAUCAAGAUCGUGCCCUGGGACCCCGUGGUGCGGCUGCUGCGCGGUGGCGGCGGCGCGGCCCCCCCUGCCGUGACGGAGGAGUUCCUGUGCGCCGUCAACACGCUGCUGAAGGAGCACAGCACGUCCGCCGCCGUACGCUUCCUCUACCUGCCCCGCCCGCCCGCCGAUUCCAGUCAGGCGCAGCAGUACCUGGCGCAGCUGGACAAGGUCACUCAGGGACUCGGCCCCACCCUCCUGAUUCAUGGUCUGACCCCUGUGACGUGCACCGAGCUCUGAGCGCUUAAUAAAAGAUGUACAGAUAUUAUGGGAACAUUUAAAAGAAAUAGUUUGGUUAAAAUUUGGUCCUGGUUCGGUUGAGGACGCGUCCGGCGAUUAGCUUCAAGUAAUAUUUAUACGUAUUUAAAUCCUUAUACGCCUGGGUAAAUAAAUGAUUCCUUCCAGCUGCUCCUGUUAGGGCGUCACCACAGCGGAUUAAUCAUCCGAGUAUCUAAUCUGGCACAGUUUGUACGCUUGGUGCACUUCCUGACCCCUUCCUCCUAUUUAUACGGCACUAAGGGUGCACAAAUGUGCCCCCACAUGUCUAAAUUUACGUAACGCCCUGCACCUUCUGUGUUUAAUGAGCCUAGACUGGAAUUCGAACCUACAGAAUUCAGGUACCGAUGCUUGUUUUGUCCUGAUUUAGCUACAUAUAAUGUUAUAAACGUGAGAGUCAGUAUUGAACUAAGUAAGCUUCGGAUCCCCUUAACCAGCCCUGCACUUCACUAGCCGAUGCUAAACUAGGGUAUGUAUCAGGAUCGAUUGGUUUCCUAAUGGCGCACUCACUCUCUGUAAUCCCGGCCAGCUCAGGCGUGGGUUGUGACGUCCGUUUUGAGUUUCUAUAGAAGCACGGACGCAUCGGAAAUGGACUCGAUCACGUCUGACCGGGAGCCGUGACGUCAGCAGUCCGUGACUUGUCCACUUACUUUAAAUGCAAAUACAGUGAGCCCCCUCUGGUGGAGAAACCUGAAAGUUAAACAUAGAAACAGCUGCUAAAUGUGAGCGAGUGACUAGGAAGCAAUGUCCAUGUCGACCACAGCACGAAAGCUAAACUUAAUGCCACUUCAGAGCUAAAUGAUUCGAAUGUUCUUGCUCUAGUUUAAAGCAAAAGUGACCAAAUUGCGCCCAUAUUUUUGCCAAACUAUUAAUUUAACACUGUCUUACAUUCAGUCUGUUUUUCUUGAGUGUAUUUAUUCGUUUCUCGUUUUCUUCUGCGUGUUUAUUUAAAGUGACGAGCUGAGCAAAAGACAGCUAAUGAUUAAUGAUUCACGUGUUCACUGUUACACUGAAAGAGGUUGUUUGAGCACUUUGUUCCGUUUACAAACCAAAGCGAGCUGAGAGACGGUAACGACGUGUGAAGGGUUAAAACGUUGUGGGAAAAAAAAGUGACGUUUUGAAAAUGUACUACCGCCCGACGUGAUCCGUGGGUCAGCUCGCCCUCUGCUCUCGCUCACAGUUCACACGUCAUGUUUUUUUUCACCUCACGUUGCCUGUGAUGCUUUUUACUUGUUAGUCAGCAGUUCCUGACCAAACGUUCACUGCUGGUCAAUCUGCUUCAUGUAAUAAUUACAUUUCAGCCACGGCACAGUGGUCUUACGUACCGUUUUAUUAUUAUGAACCUUGCUUACACAUCUCAUCAGUGGUGAAUCCAAACCUUCAUUGUGGCUCCAUGACGACUAUUUACAAGCAUAAAAGUAUUUAAACACCACAAAUAAAUGUUAGUACUUUGUUAUAAAGCAUUUAUUAGCAGUUAUUACAUUGAGAUGUCUGUCUUCUUGCAGCAUUGUGGUUAAAUUUUGUCUCUUUCCUCUCGGCAAACGAUCUGUAAUUCGUGAAGCUCCCUACAUCCUUCAUGAGAAAAGCACCUUCACUUCCUUUUUUAGAAACCAUGUGUUGAUGCAGACUGUCGCCUCACAGCAAGAAGGUUCUGGGUUCGAUCCCCAGGCGGGGCGGUCCGGGUCCUUUCUGUGCGGAGUUUGCAUGUUCUCCCCGUGUCUGCGUGGGUUUCCUCCGACAGUCCAAAAACAGGCAGUCAGGUUAACUGGAGACGCUGAAUUGCCCUAUAGGUGAAUGGGUGUGUGUGUGUGUAUGGACUGGUGCCCCGUCCAGGGUGUUACUGUGUGCCUUGCGGCCAUUGAAAAGCUGGGAUAGGCUCCAGCAACGCCCCCCCCCCUUCCUGCGACCCUGAUUGGAUAAGCAGUUAAGACAGUGAGUGUUGAUGCUGUGUUCCUUCAUGCUUAUUGUGUAGUUUUGUUUAAAUGUCCAGAUUUAUUGUAACUGUACAUAUGGGUAUCGUGUUAUUAGCUCAUACACACAGAGGCAGGAAAACCCUGACCAGUGCAUCAACCCCCCCCCCCCCCCCCCCUCUCAAAGAGAACCAAUAAAAUAAUUAAAUCCAUGUUUCGUACAGGUGUAAGUAAACUUCUGACCUGAACUUGUUUGCAGUCCUUCGUUCUAUUAGCAGAUGUUCGUUUUGCAUCUCUGUGAACGUCUGAUAAAUCUAAUGUGCUUCUUUUUGGUUUGUAUGUGUGUUUUGCUUUCGAGAGGUCAGUCCCUCAUUCGUGUUGACGCAGUUUAUGCCAAAACAAUUAAUGACCAAGUACUUUGGACCAAAGAAAACGUUAUUAUUCACAGUCUAAUGACGAGAAAUCAAGUGUUGCUGUGUUGAGAUUAGUGAGACGAACGUGCUUCACGUGGGUCCUCGGAACCAAAUAAAGAAAACGGAGACGUUAUUUAUAUCA